UGGGAGCGGCAGCAGCGAAUCGCCGCCCGCCGGAACCGCCUCGAUGCCCGGCGCCGGGAAGCCCUUGGGGAGAAGGUGGAGCAGGAGGAGGAGGAGGAGGAGAAGGAAGAGGAGAGGAAGAGCCUGAAGCUGAUCCAGGAGACCGGGAAGGUCCUGGCCAAGCUCCUGUUCCACGGGACGCAGCUGGUGACCAACGUCCAGGUGGAAUCCGAUCUCCGGGAAUGGCGGAGGCGGGAAAAGGAGGGCCCGGAGAAGCUGAGGAGGCUGGAAAAGCUGGAGACGGAGGCCAAGCGCGGCGCGGAAAAGUUGGCGGAGAUCAACUCCAGGUGGGGCUCGGCCGAGGAGCUGAAGGUGCCGCAGGAAUUGUGGGAAUUGCUGGAGCAGCAGCAGGAGCAGUGCCAGCAGCUCCUGGCCGAGAAGAACCAGCUGAUCCAAGAGCUCCGGCAGGAGCUGCAGGCCAGGGAUGAGCAGUACGAGCAGGCCCUGAAGGAGCAGGCGGAGGAGAUCCGGCUGCUCCUGGAGAGGAUGGAAGAGCAGACCCGGAACAUGCUCAGGACCUACCGGCACCACCUCCGGCAGAUUGAGAAAACCUUUGAGGAGGAGCGCCGGGAAAUGCUGGCCAACAACCGGAAAAGGUGGAACGAGGCCAUCCGGGCCCACAACGAGCAGGAGCUGGAAUUCCUGCGGCAUCGGAUGGAGCAGGCGCGGGAGUUUGAGCAGCAGCUGAACGAGCUGCAGGCCGAGAGCGUGGAGAGCUACGACCGCAUGAAAUUCCAGCUGGAACAGGACGUGCAGUACCUGGAGAAGAAGCUGCGGCAGAUGAAGGGAAUGUUCCACCUGAACCAGGUGAAGCUGGAAUACAACCUGGACGUGCUCCGGCAGCUGGACCUGGAAAAUUCCACGCUCCGAUCCCUGCAGAAGCGGAAAAUCACCCGGUUCCAGACGUGCCUCAGCCUCCUGAGGGAGAGGAUGGCCCGGCAGGAGGAGAAAUUCCAGGAGGAAAAGCGGAGCCUGGAAUGGGAGCUGCAGCGGAUCACGGGGCAGUUCCAGGAGACGCGGAGCCGGAUGAGGCAGCUGGCGCAGAGCAGCGCCGAGCGGUUCCGGCAGGUUUGGAUCGUCAACGAGGAGGAGGCCAAGGCGCUGAUCCGGCAAGCGCUGGACGCCGAUCGGAUCAUCCACGUCCAGCAGCUGGGAAUUCCCUGGGAAGAGCCGCGGCUGGGACUCCUGGAGAACGUGGGACCCCUGGGAGGCCGCCGGGAAAAGCGGGACGCCCUGCAGGUGGCCACGGAACUGCUGGAAGGGAUCAAAUCCGGGAAAAGGGAGCGGGAAGGGAGGAGGAGCAGGAAGAAAGGCGGAGAGGGGAGGAAGGAAAAGCAGGAAAACUCGGAGCCAAGAGUCACCAGCCAGCCCAACAUUCCCAGGAAAACCCUCCGGAAAAUGCUGGAGCUCCUGAGCGAGGAGUCGGAAUUCCUGUUGGAAAACAAACUCCUGAGGCCCCUGCGGGAGGUGGUGGGACACAGGAACAGCGUCCAGCAGCUCCGAUCCCUCCUGGAGGUGAGCUGGGAUCGGAUCUCCCGGGAUCUCAGCACCGGGAAUGCGCGGCCGGAUCGGGAAAAGGGAUCCCGGGAAUCCUGGGAGCCGCUUCCCGAGGCUCCAGGGGCUGCGGGAGAGCUGGGAUUUGGGAAAGGGCCGCAGGGCCAGGAGCCAGGGAAUGGCUUCCCACUGGGAAAGGGGAGCUGGGAGCUCGGGAAGGAAUUCCCAGAGAAUCCCUGGGAUCAAUCCCCAAGGAAAGCCUGGAGCAGCCCGGGGUUGGAAUGGGAUGGGAGUGAAGAUCCAGGGAUCCCAUCCCAAACCAUUCCGGGAUUCUGGGAUCGAGGACACUCAGGAUCCAUCCCGAGGGAUUUUUAUGGAAUUUGGGGAUGGAAAAGGGAAAGGAAACCCUUCCUGGAGUUCCCAAUUCCCAGUGAAGCCCCUGGAUCCCGAAAUUCCUUCCCCGUGAGGAGUCGGGAUGGGGCUGGAUCCAAUCCAGGAGAGCCAGAGGAGGAUUUGGGAAAAGGGCCCGGAAUGCCGGGACAGGGAACGGCUCCCACUGCCCCAGGGUCGGGAUUUUGGGAUUUUGGGAUCUCGGGAAGGGAUUCCCGGCUGGGCUGGAAUUCCCAGAGAAUCCCCAGAUCCCUGGGAAUAUCCAAGUUUCGGGAUCACGGGCGGUGUCCCUGCUGA